CGGCUUUGGGUCCUCGCAUGAGGGUGUGUUUACGUUGACGUCACAGCAGUUUGACGAAGGGAUCAAGGACUGACAAAUCGUCAAUAUGUUCCAUGGGAUACCAGUUACAGGAGGGGUGGGAGGAGCUCCGGCAAAUAAGCCUGAGUUAUAUGAGGAGGUAAAAUUGUACAAAAAUGCCAGGAACGAGAGAAGUAAGUAUGAUAACAUGGCUGAGUUGUUUGCUGUUGUCAAGACCCUUCAGGCCCUGGAGAAGGCUUACAUCAAAGACUGCGUCACACCCAAUGAGUACACUGCCUCCUGCUCCAGGCUGUUGGUUCAGUAUAAGGCUGCCUUCAAACAGGUGCAGGGCUCUGAUGUGGGCUCCAUCGACGAUUUCUGCAGAAAGUACAGACUUGACUGCCCACUAGCCAUGGAAAGGAUUAAGGAAGACCGGCCAAUCACCAUCAAGGAUGACAAGGGCAACCUGAACCGCUGCAUUGCAGAUAUAGUUUCUCUCUUCAUCACCGUGAUGGACAAGCUCAGACUGGAGAUCAGGGCCAUGGAUGAGAUCCAGCCAGACCUGAGGGAGCUGAUGGAAACCAUGAACAGAAUGAGCAACAUGCCUCCAGACUCAGAGGCUAAGGACAAAGUCAGCCUCUGGCUGACCACCCUCAGCAGCAUGUCGGCCUCAGACGAGUUGGAUGAUAAUCAGGUGCGCCAGAUGCUGUUUGAUUUGGAGUCGGCCUACAAUGCCUUCAAUCGCUUCCUCCACUCCUCCUAAAGCCUCUGCCCAUUAUUCAUCCACCUGUCUGAAAUUCUGACUCUAAUAUGUAUUAAGUAAAAAAAAAACACUCUUCCUUCUCCUUCUGACUAUUGUUAAGGAGUGGGUUUAGAUCUGGACAGGGUUUCUGUCUCACAUCACCCCAUUUAUUUUCGUAUGUCCUUUUUAUUCAUGUUGCGUACUAUUCAAAGUCCUCGCCUCCUGUACUCCUGUUUCCCGGACAUCACGAUGCCUGCAGCCUUGCCCACCAGGCUUAAUCUGUGCUGUGAGACACUCCAUUGGCCUCUUUUCUACCCAAACUUGUGUGAUAAAUCCUUUAACAUUGGCUGUUAAUUCUGCCCUUGACAAAACAGUUUACUUCUAACUUUGUACUGUAAUAUCAAAAAGGUCUAAUUUUAUACUUUUGCAGAGCACCAACAAAGAAGCAUGAUACAAUUAUACUGGACAAAAUCUGCAGAUGUAGAAAAAAGGUUGCAACAGCCAAAGCCUUUCUUAUUGGAAAGAUAAAUAUAUAUUUUUCUUUUUGGUACCCUAGUUCUAUCCACUGCCUGCCUCUUAGGGUCAGAUUAGCAUGUUCUGUUCUGUAUUACCUUUAGUUUUUCUAUCACUUUGUUGUUAAUGCAGAGUCCUGCAAUAGGUUCUGAAGUUGGCAUACUUAGUUAAUGGAAAAUGAUUGCAGCUGUAAUAAUAUAUGGACUUUAAACUGCACUUCAGAUUAAUAAUUAUAUUGAAACGUUGGUGGAAGAAGUAGUUUUUUCUGUUCACAAAACCUAAUCCAUAUUUCUUUUACAAGUGAGGGUUUGGCCACACGAAGCGAGGUGGACACACCCCCUCUUUAUUUUGCUUGCUAAAUAUGUUUCAACCCUCAAACAUCAUUAGGGAAAACAUAUUUAUUAAGAAUUAUCAUUGUAAAUAAUAGUUUUGAUUUUUAAAUAAGAGCAUGUAACACCUUUUUAGAAAUAAAAAUGAAAAAUCUACCUCCAA